UACCAGUCGAUUGAUCGUGCUCAUGUGACCUUUGAGUAAUUUCUACUGUGAGCGUAGAGUAACGUUGCAUAUUUGAGUGUUUACUCGUCCCAGGAAAGGGAAAAUAAAUGCUUGAAUAGUGUAAUCGAGGUCUAAAAACACAUUAUUGACAAAUUAAAGAUACAGUAAAAAGUGUCGCUCAAUUGUUAGCAAGUAAUAUUAGUGUUUAGUGGCGUUAUGUGAAUCUGAAAAGUCAUGGUCGUGUUGUUGUCCUAUACUGAUGAGUGAUUAGCGCGGGAAACUACUAGCGCACAGUGUUUUCUGCUGUCGGAGAAAGAAAUGUCGGCUCUUUAAGGUGGCAGGAAAUAAAUCUACAAAACCAACCGUAACAUGGCUGAUCCUGUGUAUUCAGGAGACUUUUUCCUAGAUCCAGGAUUUACAGUGAAGCAAGAGCCAGUAUCAAUGGAUACAAACAGUUGCAUGACAGCAAGUAUGCCAAUUCCUCCUCGAAAAAUGAUGGAUCUUUCUGAACUGAGGGAUUUUGGUUUUGAUUUCCUUGACGUAUCUUCAUCACCAUCUACAUCUCAUGAUACUGGCACAGUCACAACUGCAGCACUUCAAGGUUCAUCUGCUUUGUACCAAACAAUAUCAGGUUCAUCAAUGUGGGGGUCACGACUAAAUACAGAGACUGAGCUAAACAGAACUGAUACAUUCCGCAUGGAUGAUGAUGAUAUUUUUCAAGUUGACAAAGCUGACCUGAUACAGGGUCCAACACUGGCAGAACUUAAUGCCAAUGAUGAGAAUUUACUUGAAGAUUUAAACUUUGAUGAUCUUCUGCUGCCAGAGGAAAACAGUUAUUAUAUCAGUGUGCCAACAGUAGCUUCACAUUCAAGACAUGCCAUCACAAAUGUACCGCCAUUAGUGCAAGUCACAAACACAAACUCCAAUGCAUACAGUAAUAGCCAGAACUCUAGCAUCUUCACCCCAUCAUCUUUUCCACCAGCUAGUCUUGGCUUCUACAAAGAUUCAUUUGCAGCCUCUUCUAGUGUUCCAUCUAGCCCUAUGGACCCUUUUGGUAAGAUAAAUAGUAAUAGUGCUGUGACAUGUUCUGAUGCUCUCUCUACAACAAGUCACCAUAGUUCAAGUUCCUCCCUUUUGCUGCAUUCAGCUGCCUCCUCAGUCACUCCACCCCCCUUAGGUAUCAGCCCCUUACAACAGAAACAUAGCACUUUGCAUGAGCUUCUGUUGAAAAAAGAAGCAUUCUCAGCAUCUCCUGAUCGGCAACUGCUGGGACAGUCUGUUCCUGGCCCUGCAAGUCCCAUAACUGCAAUGACAGCCUCCUCGGGACUUGAUUCAGCCCCCAGUAACCGAAUGGGAAGAGGCACUCUCAUCGCAGGUUCCAGCUCUCGACUCUCUUCCUCUGCCCCCACACACCUUGGACUGGAGCAGAUCUGGCAGCGCAGAGAACCACGCCAACAUCUUUUGUCUACUGGUUCUUUAGCUGAAGCAGGAUCCACAUCUUCUUUGUCAACUGGUGGUGUCCUGAGUCCUGAAUCUCACGACUUAUCACAUGAUGAAGGCUUUGACUCUGAAGAUGAUAGUGAUCACUAUGAAGACUUCUCAUCAGAUGCAGAAUCUACAAUAAGUGAUGGAGAACCUAGUAUGUCAAAACUGUCUUCAUCCAUGACGAAGAAAGAACGCUACUUUUGGCAGUACAAUGUGCAAGCUAAAGGACCAAAAGGACAACGUCUUGUACUAAAGACUCGUUUAGAAGACCCGCAUGUUCUGAAUGAAGUUACAGAUCCAGUGUUCAGUCCUGAGUGUUCAGUAAGAGGAAUAAAACAUAGUGGUAAAGCAAGGAAAGGAGAUGGAAAUGAUUUAACGCCCAAUCCUCGUAAAUUGUGCAGUAUUGGUAGGGAGCUGGAUAAGUUAGGGCGGAUAAUAAAUGACAUGACACCUGUAAGUGAAUUACCGUUCAACGUACGACCUAAGACACGAAAAGAGAAGAACAAACUUGCUUCCAGAGCAUGUCGACUGAAGAAGAAAGCUCAACAUGAGGCCAACAAAUUGAAGCUGUAUGGCUUGGAACAAGAACACAGGCGUCUCAAUGCUGGUAUCUCUCAGAUCAAACAGGUUUUGGCAGCAAAGGUCACUACAGAAAAUCUUGAAAAUCAGGAGGAACUUACACAGCACAUAGAAAAAGUAGUCAAAACAGCUACAAAAUUAAAGAUAGCUGGCUAUACGACUGACUUUGUUAACCGUGUGUUGGACAAAGUGAAGGGCGGUAUACCAGGUGGAGGAUUGGAUGAGCUAUAAAUGAUACUGGAUUCUUAUCAUCCAUGGCUGCUUUCCUAUAUAUCCUCAUAAAUAUUAUAGGUAUGUAUGUACUGUACCAGAAACUUCCAGAAAAAUAUGCUCUACACAGUACCGAGAUUGUAUUUUUCAUGCAGAUGAAAUUGCCUGUUUGAUAGCUGUAGUAGACGAUAAAAGUAGUAGAAAUAGUGUUUACACUUUUCUGAGCUGGCCAUUACAGACUUAGAGUGAAAGAAGUUAAAUGUAGUUCUGUAGUUAUUUUUAUUAUUUGGUGUGUGUUGAAGAGGGAGAAGUAUGCUUUCAUGCGUGUAAAGCAAUAUAGGUACGAAAGAGCAUUGUAAAUGGUGGCAGUUAAAAAAAAUACACAUUGUUGUAGUACUAAAGGAUGACAUGCAUUUCAUAAAAAGUAAUAAUUAGUUAUGGAUAUGUACUCAUGUUGCAGAUAUUGUUUUUAUUUAUUUCUGAACUGACCUUUGCUUUCAUUUACCAUACAAACUCAUCCUAGAGCCGGUGAAUAAACUGUGUGAAAAAUACCUUAAAUGAAAAUAAUUAUAUUUUCUGUUUAAGUGCCACAUACCAAUAAAUUUGCAUUGAAUAUAUGAUAUUUAAAAUAUGUGCGUUUUAAUAAUCUGUGACUGAAAUUUGAUUUUUAAAAGAAUUCAAUCCAGUUGUUAAAUUACAUAGUCAUCAGUACUUGUAACAAUAACAUGUGAAAUCCACACCUGGAACUUUUCUAAGACACUACUACUUAUAUAUGAACCAUGUUUAUUUCUAUGUAACUUUGCUAAAUUAUUUUCAUGCCCAGUGUUUGAUAAAACUGUGCCAUAUUGCAAUUUUCUAUGUCCAAGAUGUGAAAUAUAAGUAGUCACAUUUUAAAUGUUUGAUUUAUGGCCAGUUUGAAAGUGUGUAAAUACAUCAACUGCAGAAAGAAUAUUCAUAUUGAUGUUUAUAUGGUUAAACUUAUUUUUUAUUAUAAGCGACUAAUUUUGAAAGUCUAAUAUUACUGCCUUGAAAAGUUUAUUUAUAACAGAAUACUUUAUAAGAUGUUGUGGUCCUAGAGUGUGUGAGUGUAUAUAUAUAUAUAUACAUAUAUACAUACACACACACACACAAUGUAGAACUUUUAUUAUUAUUUCAGAAUGUAGAAAUGUAUUACAUUUUAUAGUUUUGUCUCUUUUGGAAUUGUAACAUUUUUUAUGACAAUUGCUGCGUUGUCUCAUGACCUGUAACAUUAAUAUAGUUCUUAUUGUAUUUAUUGUUGCACAUGUUGUAAUCUGUUUCUGGGAAAUAUGCCAGUGAUGCCAAUUUGUCAUUGAAAUAAUUUUAGACAUUGCAAAGUAUGUGAUAUGGUUUUAACAAUGGGUAAUAUUAAUUAUACCAUAGCUUUAUAGGAAAACUAGAAACAGAUGUUUAACCAUUUAACAGCUUUCAUCUGUGUAACAUUUGCAUCUUUGAAGUAAUUGACUAGGCACUGAAUGAUUUGAAUUGUGACUGUUUUAAUUUGGGCUUUGAUACUGUCAUUUGUAAAUAUUAAAUUCAACAGACCAACACUUUUGUACACUGCACAGUAACUUUUACAUUUUAAUAUAUAAUUAUUAAAGCAAUUAAGUCUUUUUUGGAUAUGAUCAACUGUGUAAGUAUGGAGUUCAGUCCAAUGUUUCAUACUGCCUUUGCAUCCAUCAUUAAUGCUGAUGUAAUGAGUGAUAUGACUCCAUUGUAUUUGUACCUGUAACUUCCCAGUCUGUUCUGCUUAACUUAGAUAUUUUGGGUUACUGGUUGUUGAUCCUUUUAUGCAUUGUUGCAGUCAUGUCACCCAUCAGAUCAACCCUGAUGAUGGAAGGAGAGUCUAUGAAAUGUUGGAUUGAACUCCAUACUUACAUCACCUGAGAAGGCAUCAUUGCAUUCUGUUGCUAUGAAAGCUUCAAAUUUUAUAUGGGCCACCAGAGAUUUUUGUGACCCUGCAACAGUUAUUUUGAUUAGCAUGUGCAUGAUGCUUUUAUUUUACAUUCUCACAGUUUCUUCCCCAUGUAAUGUGAUGUGAUAUUGAAUUAACUUUGCCAAGGAGUGUUGUUUUUCAUUGAUAUAAAAUACAGUUUUUAUUUCUUUUUUAUUUAACAUGGAUGUUUUAAAAGGUAGUUUUUAAUUUAUUUCAUAUGAAAAUAUGUGUAAUAUAAUUUAUUUUUAUUCUUUUGUAAUAAUGUUUAGUUGGGCUAAUACAGAUUUAGUUAAGAUGUUAAACAUUUUUCAAGAGUAUUUAUUAUAAUUUUGUCAGUUCUUUUAUAAAUGAGAAUUUUGCAUUUUCUUAGUAGAAAAUGUUUACAGAAUAGUAUAUGAUAAUGCACAAAUAUCAUGUAAACUGUUACUUAUGUUGAGAUUUGUUCUUGAAUAUCAAAACUUCUGAUCUUAAAUGAACCUAAGAUAAUUGAAAAUCUAAUUGACAUACAGAAUUACUCUUUUGUUUGCAUUAAUUUUCGUAAUUUCACUAAUUUUGUUAUAAUUUUAACAUUGAAAGCUGUUUAACGUGAGGAGAAGAUGGAAGUUUUUGUUGUAGGUUUCAUGGGGUGAUAAAUAUUGAAUUUUACAAAAGUACAGAGAAACCUUAAUUCAAUGUCAUUCAGUAUAUAUGCAACACAGACACAGAAGCUGCUGUUUCUUUCAUAUAAACAUUAAUUGCUGUUACAACAGAGUUCAUAGUUAAAUUGUAUAUAAAGAUUGUGGUGGAUUGUUAUUGUCUUCUACAUUAGAAGACAAAUUUGGAAAUUGAUUUUGAUCUUGUAUAGCCAGUAACAGAUAAUUAUAUAAAUAUUUAAAAGUAUUAUAUCAUUUUAUAUUUUAGAAUAUUGUCACUUGAUGUGCAUUUUAAGGAAUUUUGUAAAUGCAGUCCAUAUAUUAAAACAGUAAUUUUGUAUCCUUAAUGUGAAGGUUGGCACCAUUGUUCAUGCAAAUAUAUUAUAAUAGUUUCACCUUCGCUAUAUAGACAAAUUGCUUUUGCCAAAAACACUUCUUAGUGUCCAUGGUAAAGAUCCAAACAGUAACUUAACGCAUAGUUCCUACUGAUGAAUUACAUUAAGAUACAUGGUAUAUUUAAGAUGUAUGUUCAAAAUAACCUCAUGUUAAAUAUGUAUAAAGUAUCUAAGCUUAUUUGUAUUGUACUUAUAGAAGAUAUUUCAUAAUUUAUAAAGGUUUUACAAUGUACUCUAUUUUGAUGAUUGGAUGGAGUAUGUUACUUGCAGUAAUAAGUAAUAUAUAUUAUUAAUAACAAUGAUGAAUGCUGUGCAACUACUAUAGGAUAUAUUAAAGGAAGGUAUUUUACUUGGCCAUCAUAUAUUAACAUUAAACAAAACCAGUAAAAUAAACAUAUGCUUGAAAAUGGAGUGUUGGUGAUAUGCAAUAAUCUGUGCUUGGAAAAAAUGGAGGCUCGAUAAAUAAUUUCGUCGUCUGGCAGAAGUAUGUUUCAACUGUUUUCAGACAUCAUAUGUGUCUGAAUUGUUGCAGAAUGCUCAACAUGUAAUGGAUGGUAGAAGACAUUUUAAAAAUUGGAUUCAUUUAUUGUUUCUGAAAAUGGACAAGUAUGUAUUUUUAUACACACUAAUGGAUUGAAUAGGUUUAAGGUGGUUUGAAGUAGCUCCCUUACAUAACUAUGGUACAACCUUGUUGUAAUGAGAGCAUUACAUUGAAAUACUGUUGGUGUUAAUCAAAACUAAAUUUUGUUCUAGCAGCAUGUAAAUAGAAUUGUUUGUACCUAACCCCGGUAAUUUUUAAAAUUCAGUGCUGUGUAUCGGUCAUAAAGCUAUACUGCUAAGUUUCAUCAUUGUGAUCAUAAUUUUCAUUCUCAUAUCUUAUAUGUUUUAGUGGAACCUUUAUAUAAUGAAUAUGUGACAAAGAAAUGUAUCAUUGAGCUUUUGUCUGAAUCAGCAUAAAUUUUGCUGUAUGUUUAACAUCAGUAAUCUUUAAAAUGAAUGCUAUGUGUACAUCAUAAAAUGAUUUUGUUAAUCCUCAACGUUGCUUCAAUGAGUAUCUCUGUCUGAUGUAAUUUGAAAGAAUUUUUUUGCAAGCUAAGCUUGAUGGUAUAUAGUGCAAGUCUUUCCUCAUCCCAAAACUAUGGAUGUGGUUUCAGUUAGAAUUAGAUGUGCUGUAGUGUGUGUGUGUGUGUGUUUUUUUUUUUUUAAAAAAAAAGAGAUGAUAGGAGGACAUAUUUAUCAUAGAAUUUGCAUUUUACUUCUAUUACAUGUUAUCACCGAUACAGUAAACUUCAGUCUUUCAGUGUCUCAGGAUAGAGUCCAGUAAUGGUCUCUCAUGAACACGGUGAUGAGGUGAUGAAGGGGUUCCAUAAAUGGCGGGGAAUUUUUUCUAUUUGAGCAACUCUUACCUUGUCAAGAAUGAUUUAUAUGCAUGUAGUUAUGUCAAGAGUCCUUUAAUUUACAGUGAUUCAUUGCAUGUGAACUGAUAUAUUUUCAUCUUUGUGAUCAGACAUUAAUUGCAGUACUGUACUUCCAUACACAGUUUCUAAGCAACAAAUAAUUGAGAAUUUGAGUUUGUUGGAACUGUCAGAAAAGUUAUAUUUAUAAGAGAUUUAGAAAGUGCUUUGUGAUUUUGUAACUGGGGAAUCUGAUUUCAUAUUAAAUUUCAGUAUAUGAGUGAAUAAUUAAAUUUAAAAAUAUAAUAUGUUUGUGAAA